CCAGCUCUGCAGUAUGAUGAUGCGUGAUUCCAGGCGUGCUUCAUGGUUGUAGGUGGGAACGGGGGUUGCCGACAUAGCCGUCAUUCCACGAGCAAUCGCGGGUCAAACGAUCAGUUACAAUCUGACUCUUCACGAGUAAAGAUGGCCUUCAAAUACGUCCUUUUGGCUUGCAUGAUUGCCUCAGUGGGUCUCUGUGCACCUCAGCAGGGAUUCAGGAGCAAUAACUUUGGGUCUCCCUUCAAUUUGGACUUUACCCUCAAUGAACGAGCGGAAUCCACCACCCCAGUGCCAAUUCUCAAGUUGGUCGAUCGACAAAACCCCGAUGGAAGUUACACUUACGGCUAUGAGAGCGGAGAUGGAUCCUACAAAUUGGAAACCCGAUACACUUCGGGGGAUGUGCAAGGCAAAUACGGCUACUACGACCCCACCGGACAACUGAGGGAGGUCGAGUACGGAGCCACGCCUGAACGUGGCUUCGAGCCCAAGGCUGAUGGCUUGGUGGUAGCCCCACCCACUUUGGCUCAAGACAUUGAAGCAGAUUACUCCUAUGAAGACGAACAACAACUAGUUGAGAAGGAUCUGCCCGAAGAGCCCAAAUCUGCCAAUGCCCGUCAAUUCGCCAAUUUUGCGCCUCGUGCCAAUCCCAAUAAGCGCGUCGUGGUUCGUCGACGACCUGUGGGGGCGGUUGCCAAGCCUCGAGCCCGAACUUCGUCCAUUCUCCGUCCCACCCCUGUACCUCAAGCUGCUCCAGUUCGAGCCCCGUUCCAGCCUCGGAGUUUCAACAGUGUCGAUUCCAACCAAUUCAUCGGCCAUCCCGCCAAAAACAUCAACCUUCAAACUGGAUCGUUCAGCUUUGAAUACAGUGGAUAAGCCUAGUUCCUUUCGAACGGGAAACACGCAACCCAUAAAUCCAUGUCUUGCAGAUAAGGACGUUUUUGUUAUUUUUUGAAGAGUGCAAAUCUAUCUUUAUUCCUUGUUGUAGCCUUACGCCUCUCCUUCCUUUUAUGGAAAUAAAAAAAACCUUUUACCCUCCUA